GAAGCCAAGCAUGGGUCGCCAAAAGAUUGAGAUCAAGAGGAUCAACUGUGAGGCCUCUAGACAGGUCACUUUCUCCAAACGACGUGUGGGUUUGUUUAAAAAGGCAAGCGAACUCUGCACCCUCUGUGGUGCCCAGACGGCCAUCCUUGUCUUCUCUCCCGCAGGGAAGGUCUUUUCUUUCGGCCACCCUGGUGUGGAGUCUAUCAUAGAGAGGUACCUCACCGCAAACGAUCUUGCACCAGAAGCAGGUGAGGCUGCGCUGCCUCUUGUUGAUGCUCACAGUAGUGCUCGUGUCCGUGAGCUGAAUAGGCACUACACUGAGGUGCUCAACCAGUUAGAAACGGAAAAGAAGCGAGCCGAGGCACUCCAGCAAUCGGCUGUGGAAGCAGCAAGGCAAGGCAGGCCCUGGUGGGAAGCACCCAUUGAAGAGAUGGCUAUGCCUGAACUCCAGCAGUUGGAGAUGUCCAUGGAUGACCUGAAGAAGAAUAUGGUGAAGCGAGCUGAGGAGCUAAUGGCCACUGCUGCUGUUACUUCCCCCUUCCUGUCCAUCAACUCAAUGGGAUUGAUGGAUCGUAAUUUUGCAGUGGCUAGACCAACAAACCCUAAUCCAAAUAAUGCUUCUUCGUCAAUCAUUCCUUAUGGAAAUGGUUAUGGUUUAAACUUCGGACGUGGGCUGUUCUGAACUCUUCUCUCUCUGGAUCUUUGUGUAUGCUUUUACUUUCGGACGUGCAUGGGCUUCUCUGAAUUAUCCUUCUGUCUCUAGAUCAGUGUUUUUUUUCAUUUUUAUAUGGGGAAGUGUUUCCUGUGUUUUGCUUCUCCCUCCAGAUCUUUUUUCUUUGUUUUUUUUUUUCUUAAUAAUGGGGAAGUGUUUCUAUUGUUUAACUUCUCCCUCUAGAUCAUUGUGCGUUUUCGAAAAAUGGUUGAUAUAUGAAAGAGAGCAUACACAUAUGAAUAAUAUCGUAUAUUUGCAUGGUUUCUUAA